CACUUGUAACAUUUCAUGACACAAUGUGUGCCUGACUACCUCCGGAGGUGGUCAGGAAGAUCUGGUCACAAUCAGAUCACAAUACGUCUUUUAAUCAUCUAUACUUGUCUGAAAAUGUGGGCACAAUCUGAAUGUGGACAAGAUCAGGACAAAGGAUGCAUGUUAGAACCAGGUAUAAAUGGGGGUAAUGUGUCUGUUUCAUGUGUGACGAUUUUGUCUUACGUCUGGCUCAUGUAUCUGUGUGUGUGUGUGUGUGUGUGUGUGUGUGUGUGUGUGUGUGUGCGUGCGUGCCUGUCUGUCUGUCUGGCUCACUCUCAGCAAGGCAGCCUGCCGUACCAGACUCUGUCUGUGGCAGAGCACUCUACUCCAGGGACAGUAGUUGGUAAUGUGACAGGAGCUGUGGACGCAGACGAAGGCUCGAACGCUGUAGUCUACUACUUCAUAGCAGGUCUGUCGAGAGGACAACACAACACCACAGACACACAUAGACACACACAGACACACACACAUACAGGCACACAAGCACACACACACACUGAUUCAGCCAUACGUGAGAAUGCUGUUCAUUGACUACAGCUCAGCGUAACACCAUAGUGCCCUCAAAGCUCAUCACUAAGCUAAUGACCCUGGGACUAAACACCUCCCUCUGCAACUGGAUCCUGGACUUCCUGACGGGCCGCCCCCAGGUGGUAAGGGUAGGUAACAACACAUCUGCCACGCUGAUCCUCAACACGGGGACCCCUCAGGGGUGCGUGCUCAGUCCCCUCCUGUACUCCCUGUUCACCCAUGACUGCAUGGCCAGGCAUGACUCCAACACCAUCAUUAAGUUUGCCGAUGACACAACAGUGGUAGGCCUGAUCACCGACAACGACGAGACAGCCUAUAGGGAGGAGGUCAGAGAUCUGGCCCGUGUGGUGCCAGGAUAACAAGCUCUCCCUCAACGUGAUCAAGAAAAAGGAGAUGAUUGUGGACUACAGGAAAAGGAGGACCGAGCAUGCCCCCAUUCUCUUCGACGGGGCUGUAGUGGAGCAAGUUAAAUGCUAAAUGCCUAAAAUGUAAAUGUACACAAUAUAAAUAUCAAGUUGAGAGCUUCAAGUUCCUUGGUGUCCACAUCACCAACAAACUAUCAUGGUCCAAACACACCAAGACAGUUGUGAAGAGGGCACGACAAAGCCUAUUCCCCCUCAGGAGACUGAAAAGAUUUGGCAUGGGUCCUCAGAUCUUCAAAAAGUUAUACAGCUGCACCAUCGAGAGCAUCCUGACUGGUUGCAUCACUGCCUGGUACGGCAACUGCUCGGCUUCCGACCGGAAGGCACUACAGAGGGUAGUGCGUUUGGCCCAGUACAACACUGGGGCCAAGCUUCCUGCCAUCCAGGACCUCUAUACCAGGCAGUAUCAGAGGAAGGCCCUAAACAUUGUCAAAGAUUCCAGCCACCCUAGUCAUAGACUGUUCUCUCAGCUACCGCACGGCAAGCGGUACCGGAGCGCCAAGUCUAGGUCCAAAAGGCUUCUUAACAGCUUCUACCCCCAAGCCAUAAGACUCCUGAACAGCUAAUCAAAUGGCUACCUGGACUAUUUGCAUUGUCCACCCCUUUUAUGCUGCUGGUACUCUCUGUUAUUAUCUAUGCAUAGUCACUUUAACUCUACCUACAUGUACAUAUUACCUCUAUUACCUCGAAUAACCUGUGCUCCUGCACAUUGACUCGGUACCGGUAUCCUCUGUAUAUAGACUCGCUACUGUUAUUUUAAUCCUGCUCUUUAAUUAUUAUUUUUAUUUUUUUACCCAUCUGUUUUUUCCUUAACACUUAUUUUUCUGAAAACUGCGUUGUUGGUUAAGGGCUUGUAAGUAAGCAUUUCACUGUAAGGUCUACACCUGUUGUAUUCGGCUCAUGUGACAAAUAAAAUUUGAUUUGAUUUGAUACCGGACAAUGCAAUGAACAAUGAAAUACCUUUUUGGUUGCUGCCUGUUGCUGUCCCUUCUAUGAAUGGAUGUAACACUGAUUUCCACCCCUGCCCUUUAGGGGGAGAUACUGAGGGGAACUUUGGCCUGAACCCAGAGGGCAUACUGAAGGUGAAGAAGGAUCUGGACCGUGAGGACAUCUCAGUGUACUCCAUCAUCGUCAAGGCAUCCAGCCACAGGAAUUGGGUCCCUCCCAGGGAUCAGAGGUCAGCCCGGGGUAGCGCCCUUGACCCCAGCCAUGACCCCACUCUGCAGGAGAUCAGAAUCUACCUGGAGGACAUCAACGACCAGCCACCACGCUUCACCAAGCUGGAGUACACUGCAGGUACUGUACAUAAACUGGGGUGGGGGUUUGUGUGUCUAUGUGUGUGAAUUGAUUAUAUUGUGCUGCUCUCACUAACCAGUUAACUCUCUCUCUCUCUCAUUCUCUCUCUUUGUGUCCCCCCCCCCCCUUCCCCCUCUCUUUCUCUUUUUAGGUGUGGCUGCUGAUGCCAAAGUGGGUUCAGAUCUGAUCCGGGUACAGGCCAUAGACAACGACGUAGGGAACAACAGCCUGGUGCUGUACCAUGUCCUGUCCAUCCGCUACAUUCAACUCCAGUCCAAUGACUCUGAGGACAUAGGAAACGUCUUCACCAUAGGUCAGUCACUGCCUACUUGCCUAGCAUGACUAUUAUCUCCUCUGUGUUUGUGUAGUAUCCCUUGUUAAUCCUUGAUAACCAAUGUCGGGAUCAAUUCCAUUUCAAUUCACAAUUGAGGCAAUUCAUUGAAUUGAAAUAGAAUUGGCCCCUACUAUGCUCAUUGAUAACUAAGGUUGGGAUCAAUUCCAUUUCAAUUAAGGUAAAAAUAUUGUCAGAAAUUAAAUGGAAUUGGCCCCAACCAUGUUGAUAACCCUCUCUCCCUUCAAAAGUCUCCUUACGGCCCAGUACAUCACUGGGGCCAAGCUUCCUGCCAUCCAGGACCUCUAUACCAGGCGGUGUCAGAGGAAGGCCCUCAAAAUUGUCAAAGACUCCAGCCACCCUAGUCAUAGACUGUUCUCUCUGCUACCGCACAGCAAGCGGUACCGGAGUGCCAAGUCUAGGUCCAAAAGACUUCUCAACAGCUUCUACCCCCAAGCCAUAAGACUCCUGAACAGCUAAUCAUGGCUACCUGGACUAUUUGCACUGCCCCCCCACCCCCACCCCAUCUUUUUACGCUGCUACUCUGUUAAUUAUUUAUGUAUAGUCACUUUAACUCUACCCACAUGUACAUAUUACUUCAACUAGCCGGUGCCCCCGCACAUUGACUCUGCACCGGUACCCCCCUGUAUAUAUAGCCUCCCUACUGUUAUUUUAUUUUACUUCAGCUCUUUUUUUCUCAACUCUUUUUUGUUGUUGUUUUAUUUUACUUUUUUAUAAAAAAUAAAUGCACUGUUGGUUAAGGGCUGUAAGUAUGCAUUUCACUGUAAUGUCUGCACCUGUUGUAUUCGGCGCAUGUGGCCAAUAAAAUUUGAUUUGAUUUAUUAGUCCUUUAUAACAACGGUUGGGAUCAAUUUCAUUUAAAUUCAGAUAAUGAAUUUACUACUGUAAAUUGACUGAAUUGAAAAGGAAUGGGCCUCAACCCCAUUGAUAACUGUGAAUCACAAUGGAAUUGGCGUUGAACCUGUUGAUAACCCUUAGGAGAGAUAGAUGGGAUCAUCCGUACCUUUGACCUGUUCACGGCCUACGACCCGGGCUACUUCAUGGUGGAGGUAUUGGCACGGGACCUGGCGGGCCACAGUGACAUCGCCAUGGUGGGCAUCUACAUCCUGCGGGACGACCAGCGGGUGAAGAUCAUCAUCAACGAGGUACCCGAGCGGGUACGACAGUUCCAAGAAGAGUUUAUCAACCUGCUAUCCAACAUCACCAGAGCCAUAGUCAACACGGACGAUGUGCAGGUAGGUGGGGGAUGGGUGUAUACAAUUACGUAUGAAAUGUGUAUGUCCCACUAACCCCCUUUGUCAUCUCCUCCUCGGUUUCUGCUCAGUUCCACGUGGACAAGAAAGGCAGAGUGAACUUUGCCCAGACAGACGUGCUCAUACACGUGGUCAACAAGCAGACCAACCGCAUCCUGGAUGUGGAAAAGUCAGUUGCUACCUGGCAGUAUAGUUUAUUAUCAUGUUAUUACCUAUAGAAAUAUAAUUACUAGAACGGACAUUCCCCAUUCCCAUAUUUAGUGUACCCAUUAAUUUUCCGGUCAAAUUGCAGUGGUCUGAGGGGGCUUUGUCCCGUCUAGUAAUUAUAUUUCUAUGUCAUUACAUUGUUACUACACUAAAAUCAUGCUGUAUAAGGCUACUCCUCUCUGUGCUAAGCCCAUUGUCUCUCCUUCCCUGGCCUUGUGAUUGACAGGGUGAUUCAGAUGAUUGAUGAGAACAAGGAACAGCUGAGGAACCUGUUCAGGAAUUACAACAUCCUGGACGUCCAGCCUGCCGUCAGCAGGAGAGCACCUGAUGACCUCACAACGCUACAGAUGGCCAUCAUUAUCCUAGCUGUGUUGCUCUUCUUGGCGGCCAUGUUGUUCAUCUUCACGAACUGGUACUAUCGCACAGUGUAAGAGCUGUAGUUGACAAACAUAGCAUACCAAUCCACUUUAAUUUAUACAAUCCAAUAAUCAUACUCAUACUAAACCACUUCAUUUUACAAUAUGCUCUUAUGUAUCAAAGUAAUGAUUGUUCUUUCAGUUCAUCUCAAUUGUCAAUUACUUUUUAUUUUUUAUUUCAAUGGAAUUUGUAAUGGUGUUACUUCACACUGGCUAUGAUAGGAGACACUAAUUUGACUUGGCUAUGUCAACAUGUUGAUCGUCUCACCUGUCUGUGUGUUUUUCUGCGCUACAGACACAAGAGGAAGCUGAAAGCCAUUGUAGCAGGAUCCACAGGUGAGAGACAGCACCGAGUGGACAGUCCCUGCAAGCCUAACAGCAGAAAGUGGCAAACUAUUAGCACUGUGUGUGUGUGUGUGUGUGAUUCAGAAUUCACCUGUCUGUCUUCCAGGGAACCAAGGUCUCAUGGACAUCCUGGAUAUGCCCAACACCAAUAUAUACUCAUUUGAGGGGUGAGACAAUCUAGAUUACAGAGUGAAUGCAUUUUAGAAAUCUUUAAAACGUUUAAAAACCUACUUUGUUGCACUUCACUCAUGUCGUUGAUAUGUCUGUGGCGGCGUAUUCCUUUUGCAGGCUCACAGAUGCAUGUAGUGCUGAUCUUAAAUGUUUGACAGUUGUGUAUACAGUUUCUAAGACUGGUGAAGUGUUAGCUGUGUGUGGUUAUAGCUAAGACUGUGUUGUUGACACUCAGGGCCAACCCUGUUUGGCUGGACCCGUUCUGUCGGAACCUGGAGCUAGCUGCCCAGGCAGAGCACGAAGACGACCUGCCGGAGAACCUCAGUGAGAUCACUGACCUGUGGAACAGUCCUGCUCGCACUCACGUGAGUACAGCUAUCUACGUAUGUUCAUGUAUUUCUAUGAGUACAGCCAUCUAUGUUUAUAUUCAUUUAUCCAACUUUAUGAAUUUCUAUGAGUACAGCGAGUUAUCUUUGUUAGUAAGUACUGUGCCCAACCAUGGGGCUUGUGAAUAUCCACUAUACAGCACACAGAACACCACACUACACAGGAUUGUGCUACAGUAUUGUGCUACUAACACCCUAGGGAAGAUGAAACCACAAUCUCUCAGGUUUACAUGAGCUCUAAUUUGCCAUCAUGGCUUUGCCCUCCGAGUGACCCACAGGCCGGGAUUCAAUCAAAGGCACACUGUUGACAAGCGCACUGCACUUGACUUUAAAAGGUCAUUCAUGCUUGAGCCGACAUCUGCAGCAUUUACCGUGAAUGCGAUCUCUGCAAACAUCAUGGAAAUUGCGUGCAUUGUCGGUAGUGCAGUACGCAUUUGAUUGAAUCCCGACCAAAGUCAGCUCUGGAUCUCUGUGUCUCUCCUAUCCCCAGUGAUGUUCGAAGCCAGGCGUUAGUCUUUAACUAAAGUGUGUGUGUUUGUUUGCAUUACACCCUGCAGGGAACGUUUGGCCGCGAGCCCCAGGCCAAGCCUGGGGAUGAGCGCUACCUGAGGGCAGCCAUCCAGGAGUACGACAACGUCGCCAAGCUGGGCCAGAUCAUGAGGGAGGGGCCCAUUAAGGUGAGGAACACACACAGGUGUCCUCUCAGGUGGCAGACUCCACACAUUCUUGUUGGGGACUAAUAUUAAACCAUUGGUUUUUAGGUUCUGUGCAGCUUUCUAAAACAUAUUGGGAUGGUACAUUUUGAUGGACUGUGACUUACCCUAACUGCUGUCCUAUCAGGGCUCACUGCUCAGUGGGGUUCUGGACAACUACCCGAGGCUCAAAAAGCUAUUUGCAGCCAGAGUGGUUACCAUGUCGACCAGCCAAUGCGACCAAUCGUCAGUCACAGAGGUGGAACAUGAGAAAAAACAGGUCCAAUCCUGCUGCUGUGUGCUGUACUGUUCCCCGCUAAUGGAGGGUGCGCUCUCACUACUCUGUUUCCUCCACUGGCGCUUCCCCUUCUCACUGCCUCUCACUCUGCUUGCAUAACUCCUGUAGGCCACUGCCAGCCCACGCUACUGCUCGAUAGGAUGUUGCAACUCACUGCUAGUGCUAACUACCUGCUGUUUUUCUCCUCAGAAUUCCUUUCAGGCACAUUUCUGACUGCUGCACUCCUUUUCACAAUAUUGCAUCUGAAUGUCAAUGUUAUUUACUUUCGAUGAGACAAUUGGUGCCAACUGCUUUGGUAAAUGUUUCUCCUAUCCCCAAAUCCAUUCAUGUCCCUUCAUUCCUCUCCCAGCUGAUCCAGAGUGACCUGGAUGAUGACGAGGAUGAGCGCAUGGGUGACAGCUGGGGCACGCUGCACUUCAAACACAAGCUCCCCGUUGAGAUGAGGGGGCCCGACGGUGUCCACAGCAGCACGGGCACACUCCUAACCUCUGACCUCAACAGCCUGCCCGAGGAUGACCAGCGGGCCCUGGCACGCUCCACAGAGGCGCUGAACGUCACCAACGGCGGGCUGUACGCCGAGCGCAACACCCGUACCGAGUCUGCCAAGUCCACACCGCUGCACCGCAACAAGGAUACCGACACGCUGACCGAGAGUCAGCUGGAGAUCACAGAGUUAUGA